AUGUCUUUCUGGGAGGCACCAAUCCCAGCGGCUACCAAGCUUGCACACUACAGAACACUCUCUCCCAACGCAGGCAUUCAUGUCUCUCCCCUCCAGCUCGGCGCGAUGAGCAUUGGAGACAAAUGGGAGCAGUUUGGAGCCGGAUCGAUGAAUAAGGAGUCGAGCUUCAAGCUACUCGACGCGUUCGUCGAAAAUGGCGGCAACUUCAUCGACACGGCCAACAGCUACCAGGAUGAAUCCUCUGAAGAGUUUCUCGGAGAAUGGAUGGAACAACGCGGCAUACGGGACCAGCUUGUCAUCGCGACCAAGGCGCGGAUCCAGUAUACCUCGAACUACAAAACGCGGAAGCCAGGUUAUCUAAACAAGGCCAACUACGCUGGCAACAACGUCAAGUCGAUGCAUCUCAGCGUUGAGGCCAGUCUCAAAAAGCUUCGUACUCCCUAUGUCGAUAUACUCUAUGUCCACUGGUGGGACUGGGACACAAGCAUCGAGGAAGUCAUGAACGGUUUGCACAAUCUUGUCGUUCAGGGGAAAGUGCUCUAUCUGGGCAUCUCCGACGCGCCCGCGUGGGUGGUCGCGGAGGCCAAUCGUUACGCAAAAGACCACGGAAAAUCGCCGUUUGUGAUCUACCAAGGCCGCUGGAAUGUACUGGAGCGUUCUUUUGAGCGCGAAAUCAUACCCAUGGCGCGCGCUCACGGCAAGUAUUCGUUUACCACAAGCAUGGCUCUCGCCCCAUGGGAUGUGCUUGCGGGCGGAAAACUGCGAACUGAUGCUCAGGAUCAGGCACGUCGAGAGAGCGGAGAAAACGGCCGGACAUUGCUGGAUCCUAACUGGGAGCGGAACGAAAACGAAGUCAAGAUGUCUCGUGCGCUCGAAAAAGUUGCCGGGGAGGUUGGAGCCAAGUCUAUCCAAGCCGCUCCCUACUGCUUCCCUAUCGUCGGCGGACGCAAAAUAGAACAUCUGGUGGCCAAUGUCGAGGCUCUUGACAUCUCUCUUUCGCCAGAACAGAUUAGUUAUCUUGAGAGCGUGGUUCUAUUUGAGCUGGGCUUCCCGUCAGCAAUGAUUGGUGAUGGCUCCGAGCAAAGAUUCAUGCUCAAGUCUGCGGGUCGUCUUGUUCCUCUGCCGCGUGUUCAACCCUUGCGCCGCACGGAAGAUUAA